AUGCGAAUUGCACUGAUUUUAUUAUUGAUAAUUGAAAUAGCGAAAUUUGAAGUUAACGUGACCAAACACAAUAUUUAUAGAGGUCUUAUAUACAACGGCCGAAGUUAUAGUGAAGAUGAUUAUCCGUUCGUAAUUUCUAUUAAAAUAAAGUACCCUAACCAUACUAAGAAGACUUGCUCAGGUUCGCUUUUAAAAAAAUUGUUCGUUUUGACUUCUGUUCACUGUGUUUACGGUAUUGACAUAGAUUAUAUUGAAGUAUAUCAGGGUACAUGGUUACAAAAUAAUAUUUCACGAAACUUAGUUGAAAUGUACAUACACGAAGACUAUAACCCAGAUAAUAAGCAUACAUUUAUAAGUGGAGAUAUUAGUGUAUUAAAAAUAAAUAAACCGUUUCCAAAAAUAAAGAAAUAUAUAAAAAUAGGUGGCACUCAUCGUGAUUUUACUAAUGGAAAAAUUCUCAAUUGUACAGUAAUUGGGUUUGGUUUAAUCAAUGAAAAUACUAUGGGUACAAAAGGAUUUAUGAGCAAUAUUAUGGUCAAACAUGGUAAAAAAGCAUGUCGAGGAUCUGAAAGUAAUCCUAUAAAAAACACAUGGCAACAAUAUUUGUGUAUGAUACCAGGCGAGAAUACGACUUGUGAUGGAGAUAACGGUGGUCCGAUGAUUUGCAAUGGCUUGCUAUAUGGUAUAUGCAGUUUUGCAAUAAAUUAUAAUGGAGAGAUGGAAAACAUAUGUGGCAGUGAAAAUCUUCAAACUGUCCACGUGUUUCUUUACUAUUAUAGAAAAUGGAUAAAUAAUAUUAUAAAAUCGGACAUACCGACCACAGUUAGUAUACCGGACACAGCGACGAUUAUACCGGAUACUACGGAUUUACCCGACACGUUGAAAACUCCGAAGUAUACGACUAAAAAACCAUUAAAACCGAAAAAAAAUGUUGGCAAAUCGAUUACACCACAUAUAUUGUAUACGAUUUUAACAUUGUUAUUUUAUCAUGGUUUUUCUAGCAUUUAA